GUGGAAACAAAACAAGCAGCUGAGGCGGUGGUGGCGGCGCCGGGACGGGGGAGGGGCGCGCCGGAACCGGAACCGACCUGACGCCGGAACCGGAACCGAGAGCGGGUUGCCAGGGCCCGAAGAGGGCUGGCUGAAGCGGCCUCGCUCGGCUGUCAGUUCCUUGCUGGAGAAUUUGUCCACAAAGAGUUGCCAAGAUAGCUGGGCCAGGAAGAAAGCGCCGUAGCCCUGACCCAGACACCGUUGCCGACCCCGGGGCACUCUGGCUGUCACCCAAGCGGCUCAAGAUGUCUGGCGGGGCCAGCACCACAGGCCCAAGGAGAGGGCCGCCAGGACUGGAGGAGGCCACCAGUAAGAAGAAGCAGAAGGAUCGAGCAAACCAGGAGAGCAAGGAUGGAGAUCCUAGGAGAGGUGGGUCAGCAUUCACUCCUCGGGAGGAGCCGACCAAAGAUGAGUUGUUGCUCGAUUGGAGGCAGAGUGCUGAUGAGGUGAUUGUCAAGCUGCGUGUGGGAGCUGGUCCCCUGCGGCUGGAGGAGGUAGAUGCUGCUUUCACAGACACAGACUGUGUGGUGCGGCUUCCAGGUGGUCGGCAGUGGGGUGGUGUUUUCUAUGCUGAGAUAGAAAGUUCUUGCACCAAAGUGCAGGCUCGCAAAGGUGGCCUCCUGCAGCUGUCACUGCCCAAGAAGGUGCCUCUGCUCACAUGGCCCUCUCUCCUGAAGAAACCUCUAGGGACCCAGGAGUUGGUGCCAGGGCUGCGGUGCCAGGAGAAUGGGCAGGAGCCGUCUCCUGUUGCCCUGGAGCCAGGCCCUGAGCCCCGCCGGGCUAAGCAGGAGGCCCGGAACCAGAAGCGGGCCCAGGGCCGUGGUGAGGUAGGCGCAGGGGCUGGCCCUGGGGCCCAGGCAGGGCCCAGCGCCAAGAGGGCUGUGCAUCUCCACAGAGGGCCGGAGGGGGAAGGGUCCAGAGAUGGCCCUGGACCCCGAGGUGAGGCCCCCCAGUUCCUGGCUGAGCCGGCCACCCAGGCUGAGGCUGAGGAACAGCUCCGUGUACCACCACUGAACCCCCAGACCUGCCUCCUGGGCUCAGAGGAGAAUCUAGCACUUUUGACAGGAAAGAAGGCAGUAGCCCCCAGGAAUGACCCAGUGUCCCCAGUCAUGGCUCGGAGCAGAGACCCUGAGAAAGAUGAUCGUUCCAAAGAGGAGAUGGCAGUGGCAGCAGAUGCUGCAGCCUUGGUGGAUGAGCCCGAGUCCAUGGUGAACCUGGCAUUUGUCAAGAAUGACUCGUAUGAGAAGGGGCCGGACUCAGUGGUGGUGCACGUGUACGUGAAGGAAAUCUGCAGGGACACAUCUCGAGUGCUUUUCCGCGAGCAGGACUUCACGCUUAUCUUCCAGACCAGGGACGGAAACUUCCUGAGACUGCACCCGGGCUGUGGGCCCCACGCCAUCUUCCGUUGGCAGGUGAAGCUCAGGAACCUGAUCGAGCCAGAGCAGUGCACCUUCUGCUUCACGGCCUCUCGUAUCGACAUCUGCCUCCGUAAGCGGCAGAGUCAGCGCUGGGGGGGCCUGGAGGCCCCAGCUGCACGAGGUGCAGUGGGUGGUGCAAAGGUAGCCGUGCCGACAGGUCCAACCCCUCUGGAUUCAACCCCACCGGGAGGUACCCCCCACCCCCUGACAGGCCAGGAGGAAGCCCGGGCUGUGGAGAAGGAGAAACCCAAGGCUCGAUCUGAGGACACAGGCCUAGAUGGUGUGGUAGCCCGCACCCCCAUGGAGCAUGCAGCCCCAAAGCCAGAGCCACACCUGGCAUCGCCCAAGCCCACAUGUAUGGUGCCUCCAAUGCCCCACAGCCCGGUGAGUGGAGACAGCGUGGAGGAAGAGGAGGAGGAAGAGAAGAAGGUGUGUCUGCCGGGCUUCACUGGCCUUGUCAAUCUAGGCAACACCUGUUUCAUGAACAGCGUCAUUCAGUCUCUAUCCAAUACUCGGGAGCUGCGGGACUUCUUCCACGACCGCUCCUUUGAGGCCGAGAUCAACUACAACAACCCACUGGGGACUGGUGGGCGUCUGGCCAUCGGCUUUGCUGUGCUGCUCCGGGCACUGUGGAAGGGAACCCAUCAUGCCUUCCAGCCCUCCAAGUUGAAGGCCAUUGUGGCGAGCAAGGCCAGCCAGUUCACAGGCUACGCACAGCACGAUGCCCAGGAGUUCAUGGCUUUCCUGCUGGAUGGGCUGCACGAGGACUUGAACCGUAUUCAGAAUAAGCCCUACACGGAGACCGUGGACUCAGAUGGGCGACCUGAUGAGGUGGUAGCUGAGGAAGCCUGGCAGCGGCACAAGAUGAGGAAUGACUCUUUCAUCGUGGACCUAUUCCAGGGCCAGUACAAGUCGAAGCUGGUGUGCCCCGUGUGCGCAAAGGUCUCCAUCACUUUUGACCCGUUCCUGUACCUGCCGGUGCCUUUGCCACAGAAGCAAAAGGUUCUCCCUAUCUUCUAUUUUGCCCGGGAGCCCCACAGCAAGCCCGUCAAGUUUCUGGUGAGCAUCAGCAAGGAGAACUCCAGUGCAAGUGAAGUGUUGGACUCCCUGUCUCAGAGUGUCCACGUGAAGCCUGAAAACCUGCGUCUGGCUGAGGUGAUUAAGAAUCGCUUCCACCGUGUGUUUUUGCCCUCCCACUCACUGGACACUGUGUCACCUUCCGACACGCUCCUCUGCUUCGAGCUGCUAUCCCCAGAGUUGGCUAAGGAGCGGGUGGUGGUGCUAGAGGUGCAGCAGCGCCCCCAGGUGCCCAGCAUCCCCAUCUCCAAGUGUGCAGCCUGCCAGCGGAAGCAGCAGUCAGAGGAUGAGAAGCUGAAGCGCUGUACCCGUUGCUACCGCGUGGGCUACUGCAACCAGCUCUGUCAGAAAACCCAUUGGCCUGACCAUAAGGGCCUCUGCCGCCCUGAGAACAUUGGCUACCCCUUCCUGGUCAGUGUACCUGCCUCACGCCUCACUUAUGCCCGUCUUGCUCAGCUGCUAGAGGGCUAUGCCCGGUACUCUGUGAGUGUGUUCCAGCCACCCUUCCAGCCUGGCCGCAUGGCCUUGGAGUCCCAGGGCCCUGGCUGUGCCACACUGCUGUCCACUAGCUCCCUGGAGGCUGGGGACAAUGACAGGGACCCUGUUCAGCCACCGGAGCUCCAGUUGGUGACCCCUGUGGCUGAGGGGGACACAGGGGUCCCCCGGGACUGGGCAUCCCCUGAUCGGGGCCCUGUGCCCAGCACCAGUGGAGUUUCUUCUGAGAUGCUGGCCAGUGGGCCUAUUGAAGUUGGCUCCUUGCCUGCUGGUGAGAGGGUGUCCCGGCCUGAAGCUGCUGUGCCUGGGUACCAACACCCAAGUGAAGCCAUGAAUUCCCACACACCCCAGUUCUUUAUCUAUAGAAUUGAUGCAUCCAACCGAGAGCAGCGGCUAGAGGACAAAGGAGACACCCCACUAGAGCUGGGUGAUGACUGCAGCCUGGCUCUAGUCUGGCGGAACAACGAGCGCCUGCAGGAGUUUGUGUUGGUAGCCUCCAAGGAGCUGGAAUAUGCUGAGGAUCCAGGCUCUGCUGGUGAGGCUGCCCGUGCUGGCCACUUCACUCUGGACCAGUGUCUGAACCUCUUCACGCGGCCUGAGGUGCUGGCACCUGAGGAGGCUUGGUACUGCCCGCAGUGCAAACAACACCGCGAGGCCUCCAAGCAGCUGUUGCUGUGGCGCCUGCCGAAUGUGCUCAUCGUGCAGCUCAAGCGCUUCUCCUUUCGCAGUUUCAUCUGGCGUGACAAGAUCAAUGACUUGGUGGAGUUCCCUGUUCGGAACCUGGACCUGAGCAAGUUCUGUAUCGGUCAGAAAGAGGAGCAGCUGCCCAGCUAUGACCUGUAUGCUGUCAUCAACCACUAUGGAGGCAUGAUCGGUGGCCACUACACUGCCUGUGCGCGCCUGCCCAAUGAUCGCAGCAGCCAGCGCAGCGACGUGGGCUGGCGCUUGUUUGAUGACAGCACGGUGACAACGGUAGACGAGAGCCAGGUCGUGACGCGUUAUGCCUAUGUACUCUUCUACCGCCGGCGGAACUCUCCUGUGGAGAGGCCCCCCCGGGCAGGUCACUCUGAACACCACCCAGACCUAGGCCCUGCAGCUGAGUCUGCUGCCAGCCAGGGACUAGGCCCUGGCCAGGCCCCCGAGGUGGCCCCCACGCGGACAGCCCCUGAACGCUUCGCCCCCCCUGUGGACCGCCCAGCCCCCACCUACAGCAACAUGGAGGAGGUCGAUUAGCAGGUCCCUGGCUGGUGGGGGGACUGGGUUUGGGGGAUUCCCCCACAGAGGGCCAGCUCUUUGACGCUUCUCCUUCUCUAACCUAGAGAACACUGGCUUCGUCAAUGGGGAGUUGGGGGGGUAUAAUUUGAGGGUGGAAACCUCACUGGUUGGGACCUCUUGUCAACUUGACCCCCCAGCCAGUGGGCCUUGGCUUCUCCUGCCAUGCCCAGUGCUGCGUGAUUUGAUUCUCAGUUGUACCUUCAAUUCUUUCUGACUCGCAUUAUAAACAUUAUAAUUUUAUUCUAAAAAUUGUAAUUUUUUUUUUUUGCAUUUUGGAAGUGAUUGCUGCUGUUUAAAUAUAUUUUAAAA